GAGGGAGAGAUGGGGUUUGGGGGAGAGAUAGUGUUAGGAGUUUUGGUGGUUUUGUGCUUGAGUUCUCAGCUGGAGGCUCAGCUUAAAGUGGGGUUUUAUGGCACCACAUGUCCUCAGGCUGAGCCUAUUGUGAAGCUUCAGGUUACGAAGGCACUUGCUAGUAAUAUCGGUCUGGCUGCUGGGCUUGUGAGAAUGCACUUCCACGACUGCUUCGUUAGAGGCUGCGAUGGGUCCGUUCUCAUUGACUCAACUUCAACCAACACUGCAGAGAAGGAUUCUUCGAUCAACACCAGCCUCCGAGGGUUUGAAGUCAUAGACAGUGCUAAGGCCCAGUUGGAAGCUACAUGCAAUGGAGUGGUUUCAUGUGCCGAUAUACUUGCUUUUGCUGCGAGGGAUAGCAUAGCAAUGACUGGAGGGAUCUCGUAUCAGGUCCCGGCUGGAAGAAGAGAUGGAAGAGUCUCAUUGGCGUCAGACACAUUCGCUAAUUUGCCAGCUCCAAGCUCUAACGUUGAUCAGCUCACCCAGAGCUUUCAAGUUAAAGGGCUCACCCAGGAUCAAAUGGUCACCCUCUCCGGGGCACAUACUAUUGGCCGAUCUCACUGUAGCUCCUUCAGCAAUAGACUCUAUAACUUCAAUACUACCGUGAAACAAGAUCCAAGCUUGGAUGCAACUUAUGCUGCACAACUGAAGCAGCAAUGCCCCCAGGGGAGCACCAACCCGAACCUGGUUGUCCCAAUGGACCCUCCUAGCCCAAACAUCGUGGACACCAGCUACUAUAAUGACAUCCUUGUGAAUCGAGGCUUGUUCACAUCAGAUCAAACCCUCCUAUCGGAAGCUGCGACCGCGAGCCAUGUGACGCAGAAUGCUGCCAACUCCUUACUCUGGCAGAACAAGUUUGCUGCAGCCAUGGUGGCAAUGGGUCAGGUUGGUGUCCUCACCGGAAGCAAUGGAGAGAUACGUCUCAAUUGCAGGGCCAUCAACUAAGGAGUGCCAAUUGCUUUUUUAUCCCCCACAAUAGGAAAAAAAGAGAGAGAGAAUGACAGUUUAGUUCUCUGUUGGCUUGAUAAUAAGAGUCCAUGUUCAUGGAUUAAUCCUAUGCAAAAUAUAAGAUAUGUAUGGUCUUUUAUAUGUUGGCUUCAAUGUAGGGGUGUUUUGCAUGAAAAAUAAUGAUGCAAUGGAGGUGCUGUAAAAUGAUUAAUA